CGAGGUUUGCGCGUUAUCUCCAAUCUGAUUGGUCAGUUGAGAGGGCCAUACAAAGGAAGCGUCUCCCAAACUAAUUUGACAUCCAGAGUCAUUGAGAACAGCCGGGCGGUGUGAAACGCUGUAGAAUUCACCAGUGUACGAGAAGAUGGACCUGCUGCCGCUGUUGUUGGUCGUUGCACUCUGCGUUCUUCAGUCCUCCUGCAAACCCAUGCGGAGGAAGGAACGCGUCCAUCACGAUGCCCCCCUCAUCAACAAGGAGCACGAUGAUCAGAAGAACUUCAACUACGACCACGAGGCUUUUCUUGGACAAGAGGAGGCAAAGACCUUCAACCAGCUCACGCCAGAGGAGAGCAAACGGAGACUGGGUAAGAUUGCAGAAAAGAUUGACGAGGACCAAGACGGCUUUGUGACUGUAGAUGAGAUGAAGCGGUGGAUCAAACAGGCUCUGAAGCGAUGGAUCGAUGACGAUAUGGAGCGGCAGUGGCAGGCUCACAAUCAAAACUCAGACGCUUAUGUCUCCUGGGAGGAGUACAAGAACGUUACCUUCGGCUACAUCUUUGAUGAAGCGGAUCCCAAGGUUAGUUUUAACUACAGGCAGAUGAUGAUCAGAGAUGAGCGUCGUUUCAAGAUGGCUGAUUAUGAUGGUGACAUGAGGGCCAAUAAGGAAGAGUUUACAGCGUUUCUUCACCCAGAGGAGUUUGACUACAUGAAGGAUAUCAUAGUGCUGGAGGCCAUGGAGGACAUUGAUAAAAACGGAGAUGGUUUCAUCGACCUUGAUGAAUAUAUUAGUGAUAUGUACAGUCAGAAUGGAGAUGCAAAUGAACCAGAAUGGGUGAAAACCGAAAGAGAACAGUUUAGAGAGUUCAGGGAUAAAAACAAAGACGGCCAUAUGGAUAAGGACGAGACCCGUGACUGGAUCUUGCCCCCUGACUACGACCAUGUAGAGGUUGAGGCCAAACACCUGCUGUAUGAGUCUGACGCAGAUCAGGACGGACGCCUCACAAAGCAGGAAAUUGUGGAUAAGUAUGACUUCUUUGUCGGGAGUCAAGUGACAGAUUUUGGAGAAGCUCUGGUCCGACAUGAUGAGUUUUAAUUUGGGUAACUUUGCACUUAAAUGCAAAACGAACAAUUUAUUUUAUAAUUUCAAGCAUACCAAAGCAUUUACAAACUUGAUCAAAUGCAUUUUUUUUUCAUGAACACAUCUUUUAUAGAUUAACACUCAUCACCGUUGGAAUCAGAUGUGAUUUCAAAUGCACUGAUGAAGUAGUGUUCAGGUCAAAGUGUUGUGUAGAGGUUUGUCUGAUGGCCUAUAAUGCACUAAAAUGAGCCCAUAUAAUUCAGCAGAAUGGCAUGUGUGUAACCCGACAGCAUAAAGCAAUAACCACUUACUUUUGUUUUUACACUGCACAUUAUAUUAACACUUUUUUUUUUUUAAAGGUUUAUAAAAAAGGAUAACCUUAUGUAAACUACUUUUCUAAAUAAUUUAUAAUGCUUUGCAACCACUACAUGUAUGUGUUUAUCUCCAUUUAGCCAGAGGAUGUAUGAUAUUGGACAUGACGCUAAGUAGUAAGGAUUUUGAAUAAUUUAAUUGUCUUUGGAUCAAAAUACGCCUAACCAGAAGUUCUGGAUUGGAGGUAUCAGAAUGUCAAGGCUUGUUUUUGUUGAUCUAUGAUCAGUUUUAUUUUUCUUUGAUUUGCAAAGGAACAUAGACACAACUACAGAAUAAAUAUGUGCACAGAAUUGAUCAGUUAACUGAUUGGGUGCUCAUUUAUGAUUAAAACCCCUGCUUGAAGGGCCAUUGUACGUCAUUCCACCCGCUGUGACCUGUCAGUGAGAGCUUUAUGAAAUGGACCAAACCAUCAAACUAAAGCUGUUCUUUCUUCAAGUGCCUUUUUCUGUCUCCCCAACCACAAGACUUUAUUUUGGUUUUCUUACCUUUUUUUCCCCCUCUGCAAUUUGUACAUGACUGAAAAUGACCUUCUCUCCUAACAUUAUUAUAUAAUUUAUGUAUAUGUUUAUACAUGAAUGUGAACUCUAUUCAACACGCUGUGGUCAGGUAUUGUAAAUACUGUCUUAUAGCUGAGAUUGUUUCUCAAUAAAAUUGAUUCAAAUGA